ACCCUCAACCAACCGACCAAUUCACCCGCUAAGCAAGUCGAAAAGAGAGAGAGGGAGAAGGGGAGGAUCUUGUACAAGAGAGAAAAAAAUGCUCGAAAUUCCCAUCGUCCCAUACCCACCUCCGGAAAUCCAAUCCUUAAUUCCUCCAGACAAAUGGGCAAAGUACCAGGACUCCUGCGUAACGGCGCUAACCCACCACUUACUCCUCCCAACUCCCGCCUUUCAGAACUCGCUGAAAGAUACACACCUCAUAGAAUUUCUGACGACCUAUGCUUCGAACCAGGCACCGACAACACAGAACCCGCCGUUGAGACGGAAGGUUGUGCAGAUACUGCAUAGGAUCUACACUACCGCCUCACCAAAGCACGUCCCCGGCCAGCUCGUCACGGCAACCUUCCUAACGGAGCUCUCCAGGGAGUUCGGCAAGAACCGUGUCAUCCGCGAGUUACUAGAUAAGGAAGAAGUAUGGGGACUCUUCGAGAAAGAUGUGUUAAAGUGCGGACUCGAGGAUGCGGUCUCGGUGGUUAGAUUCCUGCCUAGAGUUUCCGAGAGUUUGCUGGCUGGGGAUGAGUGGAUGGAGGGCGCUAUUGCCCGCGGGGAGGUGGCGGCGCUGGCGACUGCGCUGGUUGCUGUCGCGUCGAGGCAGAAUUGGGGGUUUCUGGGGGAUGUGCUGUACAAGCUUGUUGCCGAGGGGAAGAGGGAUGGGAAGACUGGGGAGUUUGUGAGGAAGCUGAUUUGGGAGACCCCGGUCGUUAGGAUCCUGGAGAGGGAGGUUGAUGGGGUUCCGGAGGAGGGGAGGAUUUCUGGGGUGCUUGAGGAGGUCAGGAGCUUUGGACCGGUAAGGAAGAAGGAUAAGGGGAAGGGGAGGGAGGUGCUGGAUUUAGAGGGUUUAAGUAGAGAGGAGGAGAGCAGCCUUACGACAAAGGUUGAGAGUGUUCGCGAUAUAUUACCCCACCUUGGGACAGGCUUCGUGAGGAGGUGUUUGCUACAGAUGGAUGGGGACGUGGAGAGGGUUACCGCAGCAGUGCUAGAAGGGAAUUUGCCUGGUGAUUUGAAUUUGGCGGAUCAGGGGGAGGAAUUCAUCCCACCAGAAGCCCCGGAGCCACCAUCGGCAUACGCUACUCCCCCUUCCGAACCAGCAGAUUCAGAAUUCCCCGCUCUCCCGGUCCGCCGCAACAUAUUCGACAACGACGAAUUAGACCUCCUAACCCCCUCUGCAACCACCCGUCUCCACCAAGGCAACAAAACCAACAAACUAACCGCAGACAAACUCCUCGACGCCCCCGAGGUCCCCAAGAGCGCCAUCUACGCCGCGCUUGAAGCCUUCGACCCUGAUGAUGACGAGCGCGACGAUACUUACGACCUAGCCGACAUUGGUGGAACUGUAGACACAUCCGCACCACCCGGCGACGGCUACUCUGGCGAUCGGGAAGGCGAUAGUGCGGAGAACGUGCUUUGGGACGCGUAUAAUUCUUCGCCGGAAGUGUUCAAUCGAGACUCAGAAACUAGGCGCGGGAAGGCUAGGAAGGAUCUUAAAGACCGGACGAGCAUGACGGAUGAGGCGAUUGAGGGGUGGAAGGUUAUGCUUGAGCGGGACCCGAAUCGUCUGCGGGCUAUGGAAAGGAAGUUUACCGAUAGGGGUGUUUUGCAGAACGUUAUUGCCAAGAACUCCUGGAGGGCUGGUGGUGAUGCACGGGGGAGGGGAGGGGGGGGGAGGGGUGCGAGAGGGGGGAGAGGUGGUGGUGGUGUAGGUAGAGGGAGGGGUAGUGGUAGUAGCGGGGACGUUACGGGUCCUGCCAAUGGGAAGGAGAUGCAACAGGGGAGGGCGAAGAAGGAGGCUAAUAAGGGGAGUAAAGCAAAUCAUAAUCGGAGGGAUCAAAGGGCGAAGAAGAUGGCUAGAGGAUUUACAGAAUAG